UCUUCCUACCUGCCUAAUUUUAUGAUUGUCGAAUUUCUUUCAAUUUCGGGUUAAUUUUUUUGAACUUAAAUAUUUGUUUAUUCGACACAUCGUGUUCAAAGAAUCAAGUGUUUAGUUCCUAUAUCCCUAUAUACUUAUUUCAAAACUAUUACAGACAGAAUCUUACAAUGUCUUAUAAUAAUUACGAAGAACUCAGUCGAAACGAAAUAAUUGACUUGCUGCGGCAAUGGCGUGACAACAAUGAGAGGAAGGGCGAGGAAGUCCUAACCCUAUUUGACACAAUCAUUCCAGUAUUUAAUAAACUAGGCAGUGAGAAGUACCUGAUAUUAGAGCAAGUGAUAUACGCAGCACUGGACUGCCAUUACUAUGAGACUGCUAUGUGGUGGAUCAUGUUGCUCAACAUGGAGUUCCCUGGGAGUCUAAGGGUUAUGCGCUACAAAGCUGCCUGCUUGGAGGCUGAAGAAAAAUACGAUGAGGCGCUAGAGAUUCUGGAUAACAUAAUAAAGUCUGACGAAACCAACGCGGCGGCACGCAAGCGACGCAUCUGCAUACUAAAAGCGCAAGGACUCAUCACAGACGCUAUCAAAGAGCUGGUAGAUUAUUUGAAGAAGUUCAUGUCGGACAUGGAGGCGUGGCAGGAGCUGUCGGAGCUGUACCUGCAAGUGCAGGAGUACUCCAAGGCCGCCUUCUGCGCCGAGGAGCUGAUCCUGCACCAGCCCCACAACCACCUCAUGCACCAGCGACUUGCCGAUAUACGCUACACUAUGGGCGGAAUGGAAAAUAUGGAGCUAGCAAAAUCGUAUUACUGCCAAGCAAUAAAACUCAACCCUGAUAAUACAAGAGCAUUGCUUGGACUAUUCUUGGUGACGAACGCGCUGGUGGGGCAGUACAAAAGCGCGGGCGGCGCCAAGCGCUCGGAGGCUUGGCGGCUGUCGCAGUGGGCGCAACGCUCCGCCGCGCCGGACUUGGCCGCCGCCAUGCUGACGCUCGCCAUCACCGACUAGAUCACACCACUCCACUCCACAGCACGGCACCACCUAAUCGCAAUUGCCUUGCAAAACAAUCUUUUAAUUACCUUUAAUGUAAAGUGGUUUUUAAUUUUGUCUGAAGAUAUUGUGAUAGCGACUCGGCAACGCAAUAUUGGUCGUUUCACCACUGUGGACGGAUAACAUCAAACGAAUUUUAGCGAGACCGUGGAAUUUGGAACUCCCUACAAAAAACGUAUGCCUUGCAGUGACUGAAAAACGAGUGUUAAAAUAAACAAGAUUAUCUCUAGAAGUAUGUAUGUUUUUAUAGUAAAAAGUGUAUGAAAAGAUGGUUUAUGUUAUAAGACAGGUGACAGUAAUUUGUAGGGUGUUUUACCGGGCAGGCAGAUGGUAACAAAUGGGAAACUCAAAUCCCAUAAUUACUGAAAUACGUGCAAGAAAAGAAACUCGGUCGGACAAAGAGCAACCAUAACGUCUUAAUAUUUUGUAUUAUUAUUGGUCCAAGGGCUGGACGCUAUUUAAGACUUCAAUAUUUUUUAAUCUGUCAUUCUUAAUUUGAAUUUCAAAAUGUGUAUACAUAAAAUUUAUUGAUAGGCAGGCUUUUAUGGCUGUAUGAAGUACUAUCAUCAUCAUUACCACCCGUGCACGGGUCUCCUUCCACAAUGAGAAGGUGUUAAGGCUGUAGUCCAGGCUGGCCUAGUGCGGAUUGGUAGACUCCGCACACGUUUGAGAACGUUAUGGAGAACUCUAAGUAAAGAGGGACGAGCUGGCUUUCGAACUCGGCCCCGAAAGUCAAGUCGGAUUCUACCCACUGGGCUAUCAAAUCAAAUCGUUUAUUUGCAGAUUGGUUUUACAUUGUUGGUAGGUACACAAAAUAUAGG